AUGAACUGCUUUGGGGUAACUUCACUGAUUUGUCUCUAUAUUUGUUUGUUCAGUUUAGGAAAGACUGUCAUAAGUAAUGUCAAGCCUUGUUCAUCUAAGGGCACAAGGAAUGUUGGAGCUGUGGAGGAACCACUCAAGGCAGAAGAGAAAAAUAAAUCUGCAGAUAUUUCAAAACAAAAAGACCAAUGCCUUGUACCAUGUGAUGUUCAAGCUAAAAUUUUACGAGGGGAAAAACAUUACAUGUGCAGAAAUUUGCAGAACUCACUUGUUGAAUAUGCAAGAAGUACAAAAAAAAUGGUAAGGAACAUGAUGGAUGAUCAACAGUCUUCUUUGGACUACCUUUCUAAUCAGGUAAAUGAAGUAAUGAACAGACUUCUUCUUUUGAAUGCAGAAGUUUUGAGAAAGCAUUUGGAUCCACUUCCUUACAAAGCAGUUCAGUCUCAUGGCUUGGAUUGCACUGAUAUUAAAGACACUGUUGGUUCAGUUUCAAAAACUCCAACUGGUCUGUACAUUAUCCAUCCAGAAGGAUCAAAUUAUCCUUUUGAGGUUUUGUGUGACAUGGAUUUUCAAGGAGGUGGAUGGACUGUGAUUCAGAAAAGAACUGACGGAAUCAUUCCAUUCCAGAGAACAUGGUCUGAAUAUCUGGAUGGAUUUGGUGGCCUUUCUGGGGAAUUUUGGCUUGGAUUGAGGAAGAUUUUUCACAUAGUAAAUCAAAAGGCCACUAGUUUCCGUCUUUACGUGGAUUUGGAAUCAGAAAACGACAAGCAUGCCUAUGCAUCAUAUGAUGGAUUUUGGAUAGAGGAUGAAGCGUGUUCUUUUAAGAUCCAUUUGGGGCGUUAUUCAGGAAAUGCUGGUGAUGCAUUUAGAGGAUACAGAAAAGAAGAUAACCAGAAUUCAAUGCCUUUCAGCACAUUUGAUGUUGAUAAUGAUGGAUGCAGGCCAAUGUGCACUAUUAAAGAGCAGCCUGUAAAGAGCUGCAGUAACUUCAGUGAUAACACUGGGUGGUGGUUCAACCAGUGCGGCCUUGCAAAUCUCAAUGGUGUUCAUCGCUACACAGGUAGAUUUCUUGCAACUGGGAUUCACUGGGAUACAUGGACAAUGAACAACAAGCCAAUAAAAAUUAAAUCAGUUUCAAUGAAAAUUCGGAGAACCUACAAUCCUUAUUUCCGUUAG